ACCUCUCAGUACACCACACAAACGCACUUUUUCCGUACACAGUCCUGCAAAACACAUCAAUGUGCUUAAAGGACGCCCUCACGGAGGCACCACAAUUAGUUGUAAUAAAACUAGUCACAGACAAAUCGUUUCGAAAGUAAAAAAUGGCAUCAUACAAAAUUGAGAAAGUCACCGAUCCCGUUAGGUUGGGCGAAGGCCCUCACUGGGACCACGACAAGAAAGUACUCUACUUCACCGACAUCGAGGGCUGCGGAGUACACAAGUUUGAUCCAGCAACCAAGACUCUAGCAUCACUUACGUUUCAGGAACCAGUGUCAAUCAUCAUACCAAUUGCAGGCCAGAAAGACCGUUUUAUCAUAACCCUGGGUCGCAAUGUGGCCAUCCUGACGUGGGAUGGCGUGAGCAAGAGCCCGCAGAACGUCGAGGUGUUGGUCAGUGUGGACCAGGAGAAGGGCAAGGAGACGAACAGGAUCAACGAUGGAAAAGCCGACCCCAGCGGUCGUCUCUGGGCGGGUACAAUGGGUCCGUACAAGAACAAUAAAGUCACACCGGAACGAGGAAUGCUAUUCAGCUUGGACAAGGAUAGAAAAGCAGUAACACACGUGACAAAAAUUGGCAUUGCUAACGGCCUGGCCUGGAGUUUAGACAACAAAACCAUGUAUUACAUUGACUCUGCUACCCGAAGAGUCGACGCAUUCGAUUUUGACAUAAAAGCUGGAAAAAUAACAAACAGGAGGACCAUCUUCGACUACCCAACGAAUGGUGUGGCAGGAUUUCCAGACGGCCAAGCUAUUGAUGCGGAUGGCAACCUGUGGAUAGCCUCCUAUGACGCCAAUCUGGUUAUUCAAGUCAACCCGUCGACUGGGAAGCUGCUGAAGAGGGUCGAGAUGCCAGCUCCGAAGAUAACUUCGGUGGCGUUCGGCGGAGAGAAGCUGGACGAGCUGUAUGUGACGUCAGCGAGGGACGAGCUGAACGACGAGCAGCUGCGCCGCUGGCCGCUGUCGGGCUGCACGUUCCGCGUCACAGGGCUGGGUGUGAUUGGCCUGCCCGGCCAGCCCGUCUCUCUCUGAGCAGACACAGUCUGCCUGCCACUUGUCUUUUCUUCCUAGCAUGUCUAGCCACCUACUACCUAGAAACAUUACAUUUCUUCACGCAGUGUCCUCCAGUAUCACCGGUUUACUUAUUCUCCACCGACAGACAUACGAAACAAAACGGAAAAUUAUGUAGUUGCGCAUGUCUGUCGAUACUUUCUCCUUGUCACCUACCAUGUGGCUUCUGUCUCGUGGUUCCGUGACCUGUUGUGACUUUCAGUCUGUGUAGGAGAAGACUUUGGUUGCAUAAGUGGGUAUUCUACCAUACUUAGUACAGAACACUUGCUUUUAUGUCGCACUUUGUAAGUGUAAUAAAAAUUAACUACUAUCAAGAGCACUUAAAUAAAGCCCUGAACUAUUGA